GAUCCUCCUCGCGUUCGCGCGUUUCGAACGACGCAAGCUCGGGGCUUAAGCCGAGUAGAGAGAAGCUUCGCCCUCCCGGUGAGGCUAGUUCAUGCCCGGCGCACUACCUCACACCCCCGACGAUCUUCGUCCUCCGUCCUUUCUCUUCCUCUCUCGCUCUCGCUCACUCCUCCCUCUUCCUGUCCCUCUCCUCGUCCCCCUUUUCGUCCUCGUGAGCAGGAGGUAACGGCACUCGGGCAAGAUGAGCGACCAGGACGAGCUGGAUUAUUACAUCAUGUACCCGUCGUUCCCGCCGUCCCCAAAGGAUCCGACGUUGACCGCGACCGGGCAGGAUCAACGGGAGGAGUUCGUGUUCGUGUACGAGGAGGACAAGCGGCCGGUCGUGAUCCUGCUAGGAUGGGCCGGCUGUCAGGACCGAUACCUGGCCAAGUACAGCUCGAUCUACGAGGAGAAGAGUUGCAUCACGCUGCGUUACACGGCGCCGGUGGAGUGCCUGUUCUGGCGCCGGGACAAGAUGCCUUAUAUCGGCAAGCGGCUGCUCCAGGUGAUCACCGACAAGCGGCUGGACGAGCACCCGAUAUUCUUCCACGUCUUCAGCAACGGCGGCGCGUUUCUGUAUCAGCACAUCAGCCUCGCGAUGCAGAGGGCCAACACGCCGUUUAAGGUCAGGGGAGUGAUAUUUGACAGCGCGCCCGGCGAGAGGAGAUUAACGGCGCUUUUCAAGGCGAUCAGCGCGAUUAUCGGCGGCCACCCCCUCACGAACCUGCCGAUGUCGUUCGUUAUCACGUUCUUCCUCUCUGUGCUCUGGUUCUUCGAGGUAAUUGCGCAGGCUUUCAGCAGAACGCCCAUUGAAACGAACCCGAUCGCCCUUGCCGAGGAAGCCUAUUCCUGGCCUCAGCUGUUCCUGUAUUCCAACAGCGACACUUUGAUCCCCGCAUCUGACGUCGAAAAAUUUGCUAGUCGGCGGGCCGAGCGGGGUGUGCGGGUCCAGCUCGUCCUGUUCACCAACUCGCCGCACGUCAAGCACUACACGACCUAUCGCGACGUCUACGUGAACACUGUGUGCAGCUUCAUCCACGAAUGUUUGAUCUCACCUAGUCCGUCGAGGAGCCUGAUGUCGUCCCUGGACCACGGCGACGAUCAGGACUACGACUCGCCACCGGGUCUCACCAAGCGCGUCGUGCUGCCUCACGAGGCCAGCAAGCAGCAGAACUAAUAAUCCGGAAGAUCCGCUAAUAGGUAGAAUAUGUCGCCUGCUGAAGAACCCGCGCGCGGCCAGGUGUAAAGGGAGAGAGGAUCAAUGAUUAAUUAUUGCGUCUAUACUUCAUAUAGAUUAAAAAGUUUACAUGGAAAGAGGUAGAUGCGAAGGGAAACGUGUGGAAUCCGUUUUGCGUAGUUUAUGAUCUCACUUCAAUUUCCAAGUAAUUGGAAACUGGUUCUUUGAAUUGAAUUUUUUUCUUCUUGUCGUUUCUUUGUACUCUCGUCUAUUCAUUGCGAUUUCAAAAGACGGAAGAAUUGUAUAAUUAGAUUAAUCGAUUUCUUUAUUGGAGUCAAAGCGAGCAAACAAAAAAAUGUUUGCGACAUAAAGGAAGAGAAUUUAAGAAUGUUGUGGGAUAAUUUUUAAUUUCGAAGGAGAUCAAAAAAUUUCGCAAAAUGAAUUUAUCUGCGAUUCCUUUAAUUCAUUAGUUUUACGAUGUAAAGAGGCGAUGUCCGAGAUGCUGGAAACGGUGCUACAUUCGUUAAUGAAUACAGAGCUCUUUUAUAUAAAAAAUAAAUUAUUUCACGAGUUAUUUAAAUUUAAAAAGUAUGGCUUUUUUAUAACUCGAGUAAGAGAAAAGACACACAGUGGCGUAAGAGAAUUUAAUUCCAAAUUAAAUGUACUUCAACGAUAAAUUUCAAUGAAUAUUUGCAUAAACCUAAAGUAUGAAGUACAAAGAGUUUUAAAGAUUCGCAUUAUUACUGUUGCAUCCGAUGUAAUUCUCAAUGGAUCGGAAUUAAGAUUUAAAAAUUAUUUAUGUACACUGUUUGCGGCAUCGUGAGCCUUAUCAAAAUAAUAAUUUUCGUCAGAAUGGCGAAAGAACGAUGAAACCGAUAUCAUCCUCUCCCUCUCUCUCUCUCUUUCUCUCUCUUUCUCCUUUACGUUAUCUUCGUCUCAGCUUGAUUCUUCCUUCAUUAUUCUUUCGUUAUUUCUUCCGCCACUGCGUGUCCGAGUGACUACAGUUCUAGAAGCUCGCAAGCUCAUAGACGCGAAUGCCUCCAUAUAUGUGCAUCCUUUGUACAACAAUGUGGAUUGACUUGUUGGUUCUGCGAGUUCUUCGUGACGAUGACCUCGACGGCGUCGAGGACUAAGAAUUGUUUUUUUAAGAUAAGGUGGAUGCGUUUGAUAGAAAAUCGUAACGAAAUGUUUUAACCGCUUUACGCUCGUGCUCCUUCCUACGCAGCGGAAUUAAAAAACCGCACAAAAGAAUCAAGCUGGACUUGAUUUAGCUUACGCAACUUACGAUGAUAAUACAUGGCAUUUAAUAUCAAUUCGAAAAAAAGCGCAGGUUUCUCCUUGUGUCUCGAAUUAUACCAGUGAUAAACUUUCGAGAACGCUCGGCGCUCGAGCGUAUAGCUCUGUAUCGUUAACAUCUCUUUACAUAUAUAUAUAUAUAUUUAAAAAAUAAUAUAAAUAUAUUUUGAUCUGUCGAUUAGUUAUACGAAUAAAGACUGAUAAAUAAA